GUGGGUGUUGCAUUGAACUGUGUGGAUCUCCUGUUGGGUCCCAGCAUUUGGGGCCAGCCCCGCGGCCCUGGGGGUGGAGCCCACGUCCGGAGGCCUGUUGAUAAACCCGCCCGGUCUCCGGGACUCCGGACUCGCCCCUCGUUUGUAGCCCGAGCCGGAGGCCGGAGCCAGGCCUUGGGUAUCUCCAAGGAGGUCGCCCGCGCUCGCCCAUCCAGCCGUGCGCUCCCCCUCCUCCCGGGCCAUGGCAGCGCCGUCCAGGCUCCUGAUCCGCGGGGGUCGCGUGGUCAACGCCGACUCCUCGCAGGUGGCGGACGUGCUGGUGGAGGACGGCGUGGUGCGGGCGCUGGGGCGCGACCUGCUGCCGCCGGGGGGCGCGCCCGCGGGGCUGCGGGUCCUGGACGCGGCGGACAAGCUGGUCCUGCCCGGCGGCAUCGACACCCACACGCACAUGCAGUUCCCGUUCAUGGGCACGAGGGCCGUCGAUGACUUCCUGCAGGGCACCAAGGCGGCCCUGGCGGGAGGCACCACCAUGAUCAUCGAUUUUGCCAUUCCUCCGAAAGGCGGCUCCCUCCUCACAGCCUUCGAGACCUGGCGGAGCUGGGCGGACCCCACGGUCUGCUGCGACUACAGCCUGCACGUGGCCGUGACCUGGUGGAGUGACCAGGUGAAAGAAGAAAUGAAAAUCCUCACCCGAGAUAAAGGUGUGAACUCCUUCAAGAUGUUCAUGGCCUAUAAGGACGUGUACAUGGUGAGGGACGCGGAGCUGUACGCGGCCUUCUCUCGGUGCAAGGAAAUUGGAGCGAUUGCGCAGGUCCACGCGGAGAACGGAGACCUGAUCGCGGAGGGAGCAAAGAAGAUGCUGGCCUUGGGGAUCACAGGCCCCGAGGGCCACGAGCUGUGCCGCCCAGAAGCUGUGGAGGCAGAGGCCACGCUGAGAGCCAUCACCAUCGCCAGCGCCGUCAACUGCCCCCUGUACAUCGUGCACGUGAUGAGCAAGUCUGCAGCAAAGGUGAUCGCGGAUGCCAGGAGAGAUGGGAAGGUGGUGUAUGGAGAACCCAUAGCAGCAAGUCUGGGCACAGAUGGCACUCACUACUGGAAUAAAGAAUGGCUCCACGCAGCCCACUACGUUAUGGGGCCUCCCUUGAGACCAGACCCUUCAACUCCUGACUACCUCAUGAAUCUAUUGGCUAAUGGUGAUCUGACCACAACGGGGACUGACAACUGCACGUUCAACACCUGCCAGAAAGCUCUCGGGAAGGAUGAUUUUACUAAGAUUCCCAACGGGGUGAACGGUGUUGAGGACCGGAUGUCAAUCAUAUGGGAAAAAGGCGUGCACAGCGGCAAAAUGGAUGAAAACCGAUUCGUGGCGGUUACCAGCACAAAUGCAGCUAAGAUCUUUAAUCUCUAUCCAAGGAAAGGGAGAAUAGCUGUAGGAUCAGAUGCUGACAUUGUGAUUUGGGACCCAAAAGCCACAAGGACUAUCUCGGCAAAAACUCACCAUCAGGCUGUGGACUUCAACAUCUUCGAGGGCAUGGUGUGCCACGGGGUGCCCCUCGUGACCAUCUCCAGGGGCAAAGUGGUAUAUGAAGCUGGAGUUUUCCAUGUCACAGCAGGAGACGGGAAGUAUAUUCCUCGCAAACCAUUUGCUGAGUACGUUUACCAAAGGAUCAAGCAGCGGGACCAGACUUGCACACCUACCCCCGUGGAGCGUGAACCCUAUAAGGGAGUAGUGAUCCUCCUGAAAUAGACACAGAAGACUCCACUGCUGGGACCAGGAAACAGACCUACUCCUCACUGUGUGCUGUUGGUAAGGGACGGUGGACAAGGAAAGUAUUCCAGCAUGACAACAUGUGAAAUUAGCAUCCCUCUCUCCAUGACCAUUUGAAGAGUUCAUGGUCAAGGUCAAAGGCUUCAAAGGGACUUGAGACUCAAGGACAGUUUAGCCAAAGGAAGAAUGAUAAAAGACCUCUUGACGCAGAACACUGAGAUGAGCCUCCAGAUUGAAGGAGGCCUUGGGCCAGCUAGAGAUUUACCCUCUGAGAUGUUAGGAAGUAGUCACCAGAGCCAUGGAGAAUCCAGUGUGAGCAAGGAGCGCUAGCUGGUGACACAGUAGACCUGUCAUUGAGGAAAGUCGGCACCACUUAAAACAGGGAGGACAAUUUCAAGGUCUUUUCCAGACUUUAUCUGGAAAGAUAAAUCUUCAUAUUGUGAAGGCAAAUAUAUUCUAGAACUUAAAGUGAAUGAAAAAUGAAUCAUGUGGCUUUGGGGGGUAUAAUUUUUCAGGAAAAUUAUUUGAUAGUAUGUGAUAUAUUUUAUUUCACAUGCAAUUUUUGGGAUAAUAUUAUAGAUAUGAUCUUUUUUGAAAAAAAAAUAUUUUCGUGCUUCAUCAAUUUUUCUCUUAGUAUUUUGACAUCCAGAACUUUCUUUUUUAAAGUAUCUUGCACAUUUUCUUUCUCUCUCUCUCUCUCUCUCUCUCUCUCUCUCUCUCUCUUUUUAGUAGUUUUCUGGUCUUGCAAAGCCAAGUAUCUAUUUGACAGUGGCUUUGCUGUGACUUAUGCAUCUCUCUAACGUAUCUUCCACUGACUUCACGAAAUCUACACAUUUUCUCAGUUUUGCAAUUUCACUAGACUAAAUUGUUAAAGCUUGUGAUACAUUUUCAGAUGUUUCAGAACAGUGCAAUCUUCCAAACUCUUACAUAAAAGGUUGACAUGAUGGAUAGAUGUUUGUGUUCAUUAGGGACACUUUGUCAGGGGAGUAGUGUUGUACGCCCCCGGUUAGCCUGCACAUUUGCACAUGAUGAUAACCCAUGACUUGAGCAACGCGGCUUUGUGCACUCUGGGCUGUGAUCGCAUUACUGAGGUCCUGAGUAGCCAAACUUUUCAGCUUUUUUUGUCAUUCCCUAACUAUUGAAGUUAUCCUGGCAAUCCAGGAAGACUGUGUCAAAAAUUUGGAGGAAGAUUUAGCAGGAGGAAGAAAUUGUAUGGAAUGCUGUGACCUGCUUUUGCAGCAUUGGCAGGAGCAGGGUUAGUGUUUACUUUUAUUAUCGCAUUUCUGGAGGGUUAGGACUGCGCUCCGCAUCUGUUUGUGAGAGGGAAUGUUUCGCUGAGUUCCUUUUAUUCGGUUCAAAAGCAAAGUCAGAGAAAAGGAUGCUGCUGUUCCCAUCACAGUUAACCGCUGUCAGCCAUGGGAAGCCAGCCUCAUCUCAACUCCCCGGGAGCCUUUGGAAAGAGUAAUCGCUCUAGGCCUCUUUGGUUUCCUUUCAGAAGCAAUCACGGUGGGUCUCACUGUGACUUUGCUGCUAUGUAAGAUGGAAGACAUAAAUGAAUGUUAUUGUGAUGGAAAGUCUGUGUGAAAAUUCACUGAUGAUACUUCAAAACGUCAUCUUGGCUUGUACCAGAUUUCUUACUGUGAAUUUCUAAAGAUCACUUUUUGUUUGUUUGUUUAAAGUUUUUUUUCAAUGGAGGCAUUUGUUUAAAAAUAGCAAACUGCGAUCUUACAUUCUGUUGUCAUUAAUAAACAUUUAGAUCUUCAU